AUGCUUUCCAAGAUUGCAAUUGUUGCCUCUUUGGCUGGCCUUGCUGCAUCGGCAACGACGAAUACCAACCUCCAGACUACGUUCCCCAAGCCGUCCUCUACCACGAACCUGGCGGCAGUCAAGACAAUUGCAGCAGGACAGUCCUUCGAUGGAGAAAUGAAGCAAUGGGACAGGAACCCAUCGACCUGCAACGACCAAGCCGAAGGCGGAGACGCAGACGCAGUCUUCCUUCUCGAAGAGGGAGCAACACUAUCUAAUGCCGUCAUUGGCCCCAACAACGGCGAGGGUGUUCACUGUCUCGGGACCUGCACGUUAAACAACAUCUGGUGGACUGAUGUCUGCGAGGACGCGGCAACGUUCAAGCAGAAGUCCGGAACAUCGUACGUCAAUGGAGGAGGAGCGAGGAAGGCAGACGACAAGGUACUGCAGCACAAUGGGGCGGGCACGGUCGCGGUCAAGAACUUCUAUGCCGAAGACAUAGGCAAAUUGUACAGAAGCUGCGGCAAUUGUGGAACCCAAUACGCCAGGAAGUCGACAUUUGACAACGUCAGGAUCAAAGGCGCGAGCGUGCUGGCCGGAGUAAACGGCAAUUUGGGAGACACCACUUCGAUCAAGAACUCCUGUCUUUUGGACAGCAAGAUCUGCUGGCUAUACAAGGGAGUAACGAGCGGUGAGCCUAGCAAGACGGCCUCUGCGCCAGAUGGAAAAGCGUGCGCGACCAGCGCCGUCCAAACAAGCGGUUGCUAAGGGAAAGGAUGCCGGUGUGCCACAGGAGGCGCAUGGAGGCUUGCAUGGGGACGAUGAUUCGUAUUACAGGACUCCUGCUGUGGCUUUCGUGGGUUCGAUGGAAUACAAGGU